GGUAGAUUAUGAAGGGGCCCCUUCAGACGUGAUUGGAAGAAGAAGAAACACAGCUUUUCUGACAAGCUACCUCAGCUAACCUGCUAGCUCUUCGAAACCCCAAAUUUAGCCGUGAAAUAAAGUUCGUCAAGAAAAGCUUCAAUUUUUCAAAAGCCACACCCGUUUCCCAGGUAUCACAGCCAGCGGUGUCACAUUCAUCCGAUAGAGUGACACCCAAGUAAAUUAUGUGCUGCAGCUGAAGAUGGGUGGUAGCGGCUCCAAAUCCAAAGGAUUUUGGCCUUUCGCUGGCUCAGGCAGUGGCGACGACCAUGCCAAAGAUGGAAAUGAACAAUCACUGGCUAGAGCACGUAGUUUCCCGGGCGCAACUCCUUUUGUGUUCACCAGGCGAAGCUCUUUGUUUUUGGAUGAAGAUGGCGACUUGGCCCACGAGUUCUAUGAAGAGACUAUCGUGACGAAAAAUGGCCGAAAAAAAGCCAAACUGAGGAGGAUUUACAAAAACUUGACACCUCAGGGAAUCAUAAAGCUGGACCUCCCUUGCAUCCAUGUAGAUUUCCCAGUCGUCCUUUGUGAAGUGUGACGACAUACACGAAGCGUCUGUAGACAAACAAGCUGUCAGUUCCGUCCUGUGGUUUUGCCCUGCAAUUUGGAGACCAGAAACUUUCAGCUAAUACACAAUGCAUCUCUUGAUAUAUUUGAAAUAUACCUGUGGUCAGGAUGAUGUCAUGUGACAUGAGCCUCUGCAUGUGAUCUGUUGUCAACGACGUAUUCUUGAUCACCUAUGGGAGGGCGUAGGAUGGUGCCAAGUUGGGAAAACAUACUCUGUUUACAUGGUGUGUAUGCAUGUAAGUGUGCUGUUGCGGACAUGGGAUGGUUUAUACUCCGUAAUUAAUUGCUGCACAUUAUUUUCAGGUAUGGUUCAUGAACUCUUCAAGGGGAUGAUUACCAACUCUCCCCCACACAUGUAUUAUCUAGAGAGGGAACGUAGUUGCACACUUAAACAUUGUUUCUUUUUCUUUUCAAUUUUACUAUGCAUGGGGAAAGAAUCGGAUGAUUGGUCAUAAUAAUGAAGGGAGUUGACAAUCAGUAGCCCUCCAUUUAAACUGAAAUGCUUCAAUGAUUUUGGUCUGUCACGCAGGAGUGACAACACUAGUACAGAUGUCCGCUGUAAUAUCUGAGUGUGUGCUUUGCUGCUUCUGCAUACAAUAUUUCACAUUUAAUUUAUUAUAAUUUUUUUUUUUAAAAUAAAUACACUUUGAAAUGUC